AUGGCUGAAGAACAAGUAUUUACUAAAGAACUUGUAUUAACAGCCCUAGCAUCUGCUUCUGGAUUACUUUCAGUUGGCUGGAAUUCAGGCUGUAUUAAUUCACCUGAAAAAUAUAUAACCAAAUUUAUGUCCGAUGUUUAUUUCCAUCGUAGUGGAAAACAAUUAUCCCCUCAUGUUAUCACAUUGUUAUGGUCAAUAACUGUUUCCAUAUUUCCAUUUGGAGGUGCCGUUGGUGGAUAUUGGGCUGGGCCCGUCAGCCGUCGAUUUGGUAGAAGAAAGGGACUUCUGUUAACAAAUCUUUUAGGAAUUAUUGCUGCCACUUUAAUGGCAAUAUCAAAAUUUGUAUCAGCCCCAGAAUUAUUAAUUAUUGGAAGAUUAAUUAUUGGCAUUGAAUGUGGUUUGUAUACAGGUCUGUGUCCAAUGUAUUUAAGUGAAGUUAGUCCAAAAACAAUACGUGGUCAGGUUGGAUCAUUGACUGCUAUUUCUGGUUCUGUUGGAUUAAUGUUUGCUGAAAUAUUUUCAACACCAGUUUUACUGGGAACUGAAAAUUUAUGGCCGGUAAUAAUGAUGUUAGCUGCCGUUCCAAGUGUAAUACAAUUUAUUUUAUUGCAAUUUUGUUAUGAAAGUCCAAGAUAUUUAUUAAUUAAUUGUAAUAAUGAAUUAGAAACAAGACUAGUCUUAAGUAAAUUAAGAGAAAAGAAUAAUGUUGACGAUGAAAUCAAUGAAAUGAAACAAGAAGUCGAGCAUUUAAUAAAUGAGAGGAAAGUUAGCAUUUGGGAAUUAUUUACAAAUAAAAUCUAUAGCGGUCGUCCAUUCCGGCGUCAGGAUCCAACAUCGGAACAUGCCAGAAGUUGGUGGAAAAUCCGGCAGCAACCAUACCAGAUCAUGCCCGAAAUCCGUUACUCGGAAUCCGUGCCGGAAGAUGUUGGAAAAGAUCCGACCGGAUCCGACGUCUUCCGGCCGAUGAAUCGAAUUUCCUUGGGUUUGGCAGAAUGUGACCAAUUUUAA